UGAUUACAUGUGGUCAGUGGAGUAGUCAGGAGUUGGUUGGAGUCCUAGCCUAGUUUUGUUUUAAAAUGCUUGAAGAAAUAGCCAAUUUUUCCUCAUCUUAUUAUUAUUAGUGAAAUAAAGAGGGCACUAUAUUAGCAUGAUGUCUAUGUUUUUUCGGCGGUCUAUUUUAAUACAUAAAGCCUAUAUUCCUUAUGGCCGGCAAGUCGCAAAAAAGGCUAGUUUCAUACAGGAUCAAAUCCCUGAAGUGGACUAUUUUGAAAAUUUGAAACAAGCCAUACAAAACCACAACCAAAACUGGUCCGAAAUAAAACAAUCUUUAUUAAAGUCAGCAGGAAAUGUAAAUCAUAAAAAUGUGGAUGCUAUUAUGUUAAAGUUAAUGGUGAACAAUAAAAUACUUGAUAUAGCACAGUCCUUUGCCAAUUAUUUACAAAAUGAAGAUGCACUUACUCUAGGUUCAACUAAUGGUUUACUGGGUCUGUAUUAUGAAAUUGGAAAAACAAGGAAACUGACUGAUGCUGAGAGAGAAUUUAUAUUAAAUACUUAUAAAAUACUGUAUAAUAAAUACAAAAUUUUAGAUUACAUUACAAGUGAGAAACUGUUACAUGCACUGUGUGUUAUUGAUGACAAAAAAGCCUUUAGAGUAUUGGAUGAAAUUCACUACAGUGGGGUCCCCAGUCAUUCUGCCUACAGUACCUUGGUGGCUACACUCUUUAGGUUGAACAAAAAAACUGAAGCAAUACUACUUAUAGAAAGGAGUUUAAAUGAUAAGAGGCCAUUACUGUAUGUUGCAUAUGAACAAUGGAUUAAAUAUAUAAUGAGGAAGUAUAAAACAAACAGUACAAUUCUUAAGUAUUUGGAUGAAAUUUGUGUACAUAUUGCCAAAAAUUGUUUAACAUUAGAUGUUGCUACAGCUGAAAAAUUUGCAGAAACCUAUUCUUCGAUAGGCUGGAAUGCCCGUUGGUCAACUAUAAGCCGACACAAUGGCGUGUGUGAGUGCUGCAGUGAUACAUUGAAAUGCUUAAAACUUACAUCGGAUGAGUUUCAACAGCUUCAAGAGAAUGUUAAAGAAAAACUGAUAGUUGGAUCAGAUUUAUUCCUGAAAACAUCUCCCGAAGAACUACAGAAAUUUUUGAGCUUUGUUGAGAAUACUGCCCCUUAUGACAUAGUUCUGGAUGCAUUAAACAUUGCUUUAGCUGUUGGAUCACCUGAUAACAGACAAAGAAUCAUAUUUUUGAAAGCAGUUGUUGAUCAUUUUAAAAGGCAGAAUAAGAAAAUACUUCUAUUAGGAAGAAAACACAUGCUGAAGUGGCCUAGGCAACCUUUGGAGUACUUGAAAAAUAAUACUAGUCACUUUUUUACUGAUAAUUUAUCACAAGAUGACCCAUAUUUCAUCACCGCUGCCAUUCUAAGCGGACCACACACAGAUAUAGUCUCCAAAGAUCUACUUAGAGGACAUAUGUUCAACUUGAAACAUGAGAACCUCAGACACAUAUUCAGAAGGUGGCAGUGGCAGCAUCAGUGGAUGGUGUUUGGCAGUCGAGGGAGACCUCAAAUAAAGGCUCCGGUAAAGUUCACGCCCUUCGCACAAAAGUCAGAGGCUGGCUGGCACUUACCAUACAAUAAAGAAGAUCCGAAAACUGCCGGUCAAGUCAAUGUGGGACUACCUAAUUUAACUAACUGGCUGUGUCUAAAAUCAAAUGUUACUAAAUGAAAUGUAUAUUAUUUUAAUACACAUCUUUAAAAUAUU